AUGAAUGAGAUGUCAUUGGUUUACGGCGACUCUUGUCCAGGAAAAACCAUGGUGUACAAGUGGCACAAUUUAUUUAAACAAGGAAGGGAAUCCCUUGAAGACGAUCCGAGGCCGGGCAGGAGCAUCGAGGUGACCACGCCAGAACUUAUCCAAAAAGUUGAAAAAAUUGUACUGGAAGAUUCUCGACUAAAGAAGAAACAACUCGCAGAAAUGCUUGGAGCAUCAGAUACAACCAUUUUUAAAAUUCUUCAUGAUCAUCUUGGCAUGACUAAGGUCAGUGCAAGAUGGGUGCCGAGAAUGCUCACGCCGCCGCAAAAACAACAGCGCGUCGAGUGUUCACGUGCAUUUUUGGACCUCUGUAAUGAAGACAAGGAUGAUGUAUUGAGUCGAAUUGUUACUGGAGACGAAACUUGGGUUCAUCAUUAUGAACCUGAGUCGAAACAAGACUCCAUGCAGUGGCAUAAAAAGGGCGCAGCACCCCCUAAGAAGUUUAAGGUGUCACAGUCAGCUGGGAAAAUCAUGGCAACGGUCUUUUGGGACUCGGAAGGAAUAUUAUUAAUCGACUAUAAAGAUAAAGGUGUUUCUAUAACCGGGGAAUACUACGCUUCAAUAUUAGAGCGACUUAAAGAAGCCAUUAAGGAGAAAAGACGGGGAAAAUUGACGAAAGGUGUGUUGCUUUUGCACGACAACGCGCCCGUUCACAAGAGCCGCGUUGCGUUGGCUGCCCUGCAUAAGGUGGGCUUCGAUAUUUUAGAUCACCCACCCUACAGCCCAGACCUGGCCCCGAGUGAUUAUUACCUGUUUCCAAAAAUGAAAAAAGACCGCAGCUCUUUAACUUCAUCAUCGGUGUUAGAUGCACAUAACGACCGCGCGCGGCUGCCGCGGACUCCGCUCAGCGAUCGCGCGACGGCCGCGGGAUCGCUGAGGAGUGCGAUGAAAUUCGUGUCGAAUACAUUCAUGCGCCCUAAAGAGUGGCGUCCAAGUAGUCAUCCGAGUGAACACGGUCCAAGAGUGAAGAUGAAAGAAGUUGCGGGCCUCCGUCCUCCAAGGUUAGAGACCGAGGGCGGAGGUGCAGAGCCGGAGCGCAGCGUGUUCGGCGCGGAGGCGGUGAGUGGAGAGGCUGCACCGACAGCGGCGGUAGUGCAGCAGUAG